AUUUGAUUAGACAUGUCGUUAUCGAGGAAAAGACUUUUCACAGUAGCAGAAGAUCAAACUUCAACUACUUCUAUUCCAAAGAGACAAGUAUUCCAUUAUCAAACUAUAGCGAAACUAUAUAGUGUGGAGGCAAACACACCUCAUAUAACCAUACCAAAGAAAUCGGGAGGAGUUCUUAUUGGAAGAAGUAGCUCAUGUGAUAUUAAAUUAACUGGAAGCGAUGUUUCGUCCAAGCAUUGUCAAUUUUCGCUCACCACGAACCCUCUGGAGUAUUUACUAAUUACAGACAUGAGUUCCAACGGUACUUACGUGAAUAAUGAAUUGCUAGGAAAGGGUUCUAAUGCAUUAUUGAGAAGUGGGGAUAAGAUAUCAUUUGCCAAAACUGGUGGUACAUACAUAUUCAGAUACGCAAUUGAUAUUAAGAAUGAUAAGUCAUUUCAAAAGAAAUCAUUUUUCGACGAUUACAUAAUGGGUAAUCAAUUAGGAUCUGGCCAUUAUGCAAUUGUAAGAGAAGCAAGAGAUCGAACCACUGGUGAUAUAGUAGCGGUCAAAAUUUUCCAUCCAAAUAAAUCAAGUUCAAAUAAUAAUGAAAAUGAAGAUGCUAAAUUGAGACAAGAAAUGAAUUUAUUGUUAUCAAUUGAUCAUCCAAAUAUAGUGAGGUUUAUUUCUCAUUAUGUUGAACCUAUUAAUCAAUAUGCUUCAACGACUUAUUUGGUAUUAGAAAAAAUGAAUAAUGGAGAGUUGUUUCAAAGAAUUAUAAAUAAGCUGAAAUUAAGACAAAAUGAAACAAAGGCAAUAUUUAAACAGCUAUUAGAAGGUUUACAUUAUUUGCAUCAAAAAAAUAUUAUUCAUAGAGAUAUAAAGCCAGAGAAUAUUUUAUUGGAUGUUAUACCCAAAACCUCAACCGAUCAAAAAUCGUUAGGACCAUGGGAUGAAGAUGAAUAUGAUGUCAAGGUGAAAAUAGCAGAUUUUGGAUUGGCCAAAUUUAUCGGAGAGUUGAAAUUUACAAAUACAUUAUGUGGUACGCCUGCUUAUGUUGCACCCGAAAUAUUAAAAAAUAAUCGUAAUUACUCGACCAAAGUUGAUUUAUGGUCAAGUGGAGUUUUACUUUAUGUCUGUUUAUGUGGAUUUCCUCCAUUCAGCGAUGAAUUAGGACCUCCAAAUAUGAGAGAACAAAUCUUGAAUGGAACUUAUGCAUUUUAUUCUCCUUAUUGGGAUGAAAUAAAUGAUCUGGUGCUUGAUUUAAUAUCGAAUUUGUUAGUUGUUGAUCCAAAUGACAGGUUUGAUAUUCAGAACACUUGUGAUCAUCCAUGGUUUAGUGAGAUUGAUGAUGAAGUUAAAGAUAUUAGCAUGAUUGAUGAUAGUAAUAAUACAAGUAAUCGAUCAAUCACUAGAAUGUCGGUUAGAUCAAAUAGUCAACCACCAAUGACAUUAAGAGAACGAUACACAUCUGAAUUGAACUUUGGAGAUGAACAAGAUCGUUCAUCAAUUUUAUAG